AUGGGCGAGGGGCAAGCAGUGCGGUGCACCGUGCUCGAGCGCACCGGGUGGGCAGUGGCUAACUCGCAGAGGGUAGGCAAGCAUGGCGCAAAGGAGGUCUCUGCCCUGCUCGCCGAGAACGGGGGGCUCGAGGAGGAGCUGGAGAACGUGCGGGAGCGCCACCUGGAGCUGCUCCAGCUGGGAGGCGGCCCGCCGCACUGCGACGGGCGGGACGGCGGAGCGGCGCCCGCCGCGCUGCGACGCGCUGCGACGGGCGGGGCGAUAACCCACGGCCGCUCUGUGGCGCCUGCCGCCGCGCUGCGCCGCGCCGCGACGGACGGUGGCAGAAGCCCUCCAGGCGAGCGGGAGCCCGCGGCCGUUCCGUCGGAGGCGCCGGCGCAGGCGGUGGCCCGGCUCAGGAGGGAGCUCGGGCGCCCGCGGUGCGUGGUCUGCGUCAUCGGUGGCACGGCCCUCAGGGAUCCUGCCUCGGAGAAGCUGGUGGAGGGCCUUGCGAAGGGCUUGAUGGCGGAGCUGGGCCCCGAGGCGGCCUUCGUCACCGGCGGCAUGCCCGGCGUGCAGGCCCUCUUCGCGGAGAGCUGCAGUGGCGACCCGCGCCUCUGGAACCUCGUGCCCUUCGGCGACGAGAGCGCCUGCCCUGCGGGCCGCGACGUGCACGCGGGCGAGGACCUGCAGCGCAGGCAGCAGGUUUUCGGCGAGCUGGGCGACGUGUACGUAGCCGUGGAGGGGGGGCAGAGGGUGGCCCUGGAGGCGCGAGCGGCAGCCGCCCGGGGUGCACGGGUCGUCCCGCUCGCCCGCACCGGCGGCGCCAGCUCUGGGCUGUUCGGCUUCCCCGAGGAGGCGCUGCGGAGGCCGCCCGGCGCAAAGGUCACGCGGCUGCGUCGGGAGCUUGAGCUGAGGCAGGAGCGGCUAAAGACGCAGCGCGCGCAGCUGGAGCAGCAAGGCCGUGCGCUGGACGCGAGAGCCGCAGAGCUCAGGUGGAUGCGUGGGGCCAUCGCGGAUGUGCGAUGCCAACUGGGUGCUGAAUUGCUCCAGGCGCGGCGCCAGGCCGAGGAGCUGCGGGCCGAGCUGGACGAGCUCCUCGCGAACACAUUUUACUCGACCCCUACGCCAGAAGGCAUUCGGCGUCUAGGCACGGCUCCUGUUGCUCUGCCUAUGCCUAUGCCGGAGUCCGCCGUUCGCCGCGCGGGCACCUUCCCCGUCGAUCGCAGCUCAGAAAUCGUCCAGCGGUCCGCCGCCGAGGUCCUGGCUGCCAAGCAGGCCGCCGCCGAUGCGGCGGAGCGUGCUGCCGAGCGGCUUGCGGCAGAGGCUCUUCCGGAGCGUGCCGCCGCCGAGAAGGACGCCGCCGGGGCCUUCGGCGCGGAGGCCUUGGGGCAGCAGCUUGAGCUCGAGGAAGCGGCUCUCGAGGAGGCGCUGCGCCUCGAGGAGCGGCUGCGCGACCAGCUGCGGGAGGCGGAGCUCCAGGAGAUCCAUGAACGCGCCGCCGACGACUGUCACCUCCGGAAGUUGCACUGGGAGCUCGAGUGGGCCACGCGGAACAUGGGGCAGCGGCAGCUGGGUCAGUUCGAGCACUGA